AUGAACCAAAAGCUUUCCUCUCUGUUGCUUCCCAUGAGCUUACAUCAUUUUAUCGGAAGGCCAUUUCAGUUGGUUCCAACUCCUUGUUUAUUGAUUGACGAAAAGGCCUAUGACCGAAAUUUAGUAUUAAUGAAGCAUCUAGUCCAACAAUUGAAUGAAAAGGUCAUGAUCCGAGCACAUUUUAAAGCACACAAGUGUCCCGAAAUUGCAAAAGAUCAGAUUGAAAGAGGUGGAGCCAUUGGAGUUUGUUGUCAAAAAUUGAGUGAAGCUGUAGAAGCUAUUAAAACGGUGGAUGAUGUGUUAAUUUCCAAUCAAGUGGUAAAUGUGGACAAAUUGAGAAUUAUUAGAAAUAUGAACGAAAUUUCAGGAAAGAAUGUUUCUCUUUGCGUUGACAAUGAACAGGUUGUAUCUUUGAUCGAUGAUAUAAUGUCUGAAAACAAUGAAUCAAGCCGAAAGCUUCAACUUGUUGUUGAAUAUAAUGUAGGUCAAAACAGAUGCGGAACAAAUUCGGAAGAGGAAACAUUGAAAUUAAUCAAACAUAUAGAAAACUGUAAACACGUAGAAUUUAAAGGACUACAAUGCUACAAUGGUGCCAACCAGCACAUUGUUAAAUACGAAGAUAGAAAAGAAGCAGUGUCCAGAGUUGUUGAAAAAGUUAAAAGACUGUUAGAUUAUCUUUCUCAACACGGAGUUAUUGUUAAAUAUGUGACUGGAGGUGGUACUGGCACUUUUGAAUUUGAAGCAUCUAGUGGAGUUUUUACAGAGGUACAGCCUGGUAGCUACUUGUUUGGUGAUGCUGAUUAUGGAAAAAUUGUAACAAGUUUAAACGGAAAGACUAUGUUAGAGGACGAAUCAAGCUUUUCGCAAAGUCUUUACAUUCUUACCACAAUAGUGAGCAAGGUUCCAAACACUCGAAUUGUAGUAGAUGCAGGGUUGAAAGCAUCUUCGCUUGACAGUGGAGUUCCAAUCAUUGCAGACAUUGAACAAAGGAAAAUACUUUCGAGUUAUAAACCUGGUGGUGAUGAACAUGGUAUUUUUGAAGCUCAUACAGAGAAAGCUCAAAAGUUAAUUAAUUCGCUCAAUAUUGGCGAUGUGCUGAGAUUAAUUCCUGGUCACGUAGACCCCACUUUUAACAUGUAUGAUUUGGUUGCUUUUUACAAUCCGGAUAAUCACUUGAUUACUCGAGUGGAAUCAAUAACAGCAAGAGGGCCUGGAAUAUAA